UUCUGGGUGCCACUAGCUCCCUAGCCUCUGCUGGCAAGUUGACCACACUUGGAGAACAUCUGCUAGAUGCUGGGCCCUAGGCUAGGCGCAGGGUAAGUGGGGUGCGCAUGAGGUGGGCAGCAGAAUCAGACCUGGGCUCUGGCCCUGCAUCACCACUCACUGGCUGUGUGACCCAUACCAGUGAUCGCCUGUGGCCUCAGUUUACCUGGGUGUAAAACAGGGAUGCACAUCUCUUCUGUGAGGAGUGGAGCAACCAGACUGACCCCAAGGGAAUGAGGGUCAGUUGCCUUCCCUGUGAGGGUGGAGGAUGGAAGAGAGGCAUGCCUGGCUGCCCUCCCUGCCGCCCACUGUGGACACUGUCCUACUUCAGCCCCAGUUGCCAGGGAACCACUGGGUUGCUUGCUAACCUGGAUUUCUCUAUUGAUGGGCGGCCUUUGUCUUUCUGUCUCGGCCACUGCCAAGGAAGGCCUGUGUCCAGAUGUGUUCCUAGGCAACUCCAGCCUCUGGAGGCUGCAGGGGGGUUCCACAGGCCCUAGAGCCCCUGGCUGGGAGACAGAAAUACCUGCCUCCCAACCCCUGAUCCACGUGAAGACUCGCCUCCCACCUCUGUCUCCCCAGUCCUGCCUCCUUGGCAGGCAGCCCGGGGAGCCCUCUGAGAGGCAAGUUGUUCCAUACCCCCCCCCAACCCUUCAAGUCUCUCAGAGGCCCUGAGGGCAGUGUAGGCUUCUCAGCUUGCAUCCAAGUCUUGGUGUGACCUGGACUCCCACCACCUAUCCUUCCAGACCUCUCUCCCCUCUUACACCCUCCUACCUCCCAGACCUUCACCUCAGCUAAUCCAGCACCUCCUGUGUACCAGGCUCUGGGCCAAGCACUAUGUGUAAAUAUAGAAGAAUCUUUUAUGCCUCACACCUGCCUGUCAAGUUUGUGCCAUUCCCUGCUCCAUGAUUUACACAUGGGGAGACUGAGGCACAGUGAAUGCUGAUUGAGGGAUUAUUCUGUACUGGGCUCCAUGCUGAGUAUUUAAGGUGAAUUUUCUUGGCCUCACAGCAGCCUUCUGUCUUGGUGGGAGAGGGAGUGUCCACAGCCACGGAGCCAGAGGAGAGCAGAGCCAAGCAGGAUGGUUCUACCCCAGCUGCCCCGGGAGGGGAGGAGAGCAGCUGCCUGCCUGUCCUCACGUCCUGCUGAGCCUCACGUCCUGCUGAGCCUCACGUCCUCCUCUCCUAGGCUGGUGACUCCGUGGGCCCAAGGAUGAAGCUGAGCUGGCCACACUGGCCCCUGUCCUGCCUUUUUGUGCUGCUGCCUUGGCCUCUGGCCACUCCGAUAUCAACGACCCCCUGGCAGUGCCCACCUGGGGAGGAGCCCAGCCUGGACCUGGGGCAGGGCACACUAUGCCGAUCCUGUCCCCCCGGCACUUUCUCUGCUUCGUGGGGCCCUGGUCCAUGCCAGCCCCAUUCCCGCUGCAGUCCUCGAGGGAGGUUGGAGGCCCAGCCAGGCACAGCGACUCAAGACACGCUAUGUGGAGACUGCCAGCCCGGGUGGUUUGCUGCUUCAGAGGUCACCCAUGUCCCCUGUCAGCUGUGCCCCUGGACACCUCUGGGUAUUCGCAGCUGUUAUGAGCGGGGACGGCGGGCCCGACGUGGUGUGGAGGUAGCAGCUGGGACCACCGGCACUGGGGACACUCGGCAGCCUGGGAAUGGUACCCGGGCGGGAGGCCCCGAAGAGACCGCUGCCCAGUAUGCGGUUAUUGCCAUCGUGCCUGUCUUCUGCCUCAUGGGGCUGCUGGGCAUCCUGGUGUGUAACCUGCUCAAGCGGAAGGGCUACCACUGCACGGCCCACAAGGAGGUUGGGCCCGGCCCUGGAGGUGGAGGCAGCGGGAUCAACCCUGCCUACCGGGCUGAGGAUGCCAACGAGGACACUAUUGGGGUCCUGGUACGCCUGAUCACGGAGAAGAAAGAGAAUGCGGCGGCCCUGGAGGAGCUGCUGAAGGAGUAUCACAGCAAACAGCUGGUGCAGACCAGCCACAGGCCUGUGCCCAGGCUGCCACCGGGUCCUCCCAGCAUGACACACAUCUGCCCACAUCGCCACCACCUCCACACCGUGCAGGGCCUGGCCUCACUCUCUGGCCCCUGCUGCUCCCGUUGUAGCCAGAAGAAGUGGCCCGAGGUGCUGCUGUCCCCUGAGGCCGCAGCUGCCACUACCCCCACUCCCAGAGUCCUGCCCAACCCGGCCAGGGCUCCCAAGGCUGGGGCCAAGGCAGGACGCCAGGGCGAGAUCACCAUCUUGUCUGUGGGCAGGUUCCGAGUGGCCCGAAUUCCGGAGCAACGGUCAAGUUCAGCAGCCUCUGAGUUGAAGACUAUCACGGAGGCUGGACCCUCAGGGGGUGAUCUCCCAGAUUCCCCACAACCCGGCCUCCCCACUGAGCAGCGGGCACUGCUGGGAAGUGGUGGAAGCCAUACUAAGUGGCUGAAGCCCCCAGCAGAGAACAAGGCUGAGGAGAACCGCUAUGUGGUCCGGCUAAGUGAGAGCAACCUGGUUAUCUGAUGGUCGGCCUCAUCUGAGGACGCUGCAGCCCUGCCCUGGGAGGUUCUGAAGGCUUCCUGGAGGAGGUAGAACUGCAGCCCAGCCUGUGAGGAUCAAGAAGCAAUGGUCCAGCAGACAGAACAACAAAGGCCAAGGCCUGGCGGUGGGAUCACCCACCCCUGUGAAGAGGCAGGCCAGCCGGCGGGUGCUGUGUGCAGGAGCAGGUUCAGAGCCCCUCCCUUGCCCCUGCCCCUACGCCCCUGCAGGAUCCUCUGUACCACCAGGUCGCUAGGCCUUGGCUAUGGGAAGGGGUCCUCUGCCUGGCACCCCUGGCCCCAUACCUUGGUAGUCAACUGCCCCUGCCUCUGUACAGGGCCCUAGCAUGGACCUCUCCCUCCUCUUCUGGCAGGCCCUGUAAAGGGAAGGGGCAGCAACAAGACUGGGUUGGACACUGGGUUCCCUGGUUCUAAUCGUGGGCAAACCCCUGGCCAUCACCUGGUUAUAGUUGUUCUGACCAGGAAGUGGGGAGAGAAAGAUCUCUUUAGUCCCAAGGCUUCUCCAGUCCUUGCAGGCUCUGGCCUGGGUCUUGUGCAGAGAGAGCUGGAGUCUUUGCCACCCCUCCCAUUAGUAGCUUUAUCUGGCCCCAUUUUUGCGGCUUCCAGGGCCUGUGCCUUCAGGCCCCCAUGGGGCUGCCUGUCUCUGGCUCUGCCUACAGAAGGGGCUUGAUGCAUGUAUCUGCUGCGCCCUCCCCCACUAUUUUUAUUGAAAUUGGAACAGUCUUGACCUGGGCAGGGCUGUGAUACAGGGUGCCAGCCUGCAUAGCCACCCCAAGAUCUCAGGAGCUUUCAGGGAGAGGCAUGUGUGGGGCUGGAGAGGCACCUCUGGCCUCCGUGGUUUCUGUGUCCCUGUGGGGUUGGUGUGUCUGUUCCCAGCCUGGGCAGUGCAGGCGACUGCCCAGCUCAGUUCCUAUGUCCACUCUAGCUCAGCAACCUGGUUAUUUAUGUGGGGCCAUGCAGGCAUGGGGCCCACUGCCAUCCCAAUUUCUCUUAUUUAUUGAAAAUUUGCUGUUGUCCUGUCCUGUCUACAUUCUCAUCCAUUUAUUGGAUAAUAAAAGGUGGGAAAGUGG